CCCUCACGGCACGUUUUCCUUCCGUAGUUUUGCGAAGCGGCAAACAUCUGAUCAACUGUGUCGGUUUUAAGUAAUUAAAGACAAAAUGAGCAAAGCACAUCCCCCGGAGUUGAAGAAGUUCAUGGACAAGAAGCUGUCAUUGAAGCUGAAUGGUGGCAGACACGUGCAGGGCAUCCUGCGGGGGUUCGACCCCUUCAUGAACCUGGUGGUGGAUGACUCUCUGGAGAUGGGCCCAGGAGGACAACAGAACACCAUUGGCAUGGUGGUGAUCCGGGGAAACAGCAUCAUCAUGUUGGAGGCCUUGGAGAGAGUAUGAGAGCAGAUGGAGAAUGAUCCACACCUUUUUACUUUCUGUUAUCCUUUCGCUUCUUUGUUUUCAAAGCCUUUAAUGUCUCUGAAUUGUGGUGUGUCUAUCUGAUCAGUUAUCUGAUGUUUUCUUUGGACAUAUUUUGAAUUGCAUAAUCUUGUGAAUAAAUCACUUUUUCUUUGUA